UAGGGCUCGUGGCCAUUUCCUGCCUAUAAAUACUCACCCAGAGAAGAUCUCGGUCUCAGAGAACCGAGACCGACCUGAACGGCAUCACGAUGGCUUCCUUUGUGCUCCUCGUCUUCACCAUCCUGCUCCUUCCUGUGGAAAGAUCUGCCAAAGCAGCAACAUGCUAUGAAUGUUUCAUUGAUGGAGGGGGUUACUGCAAUGGUGUGCAAAAAAACUGUACAAAUCAGCAAACGUGCUUAGGUGUUUAUUCUGCGGCCAACUUGUCGCUAGACCAUCGUAUAACUACAUCAUUCUCCAGAAGCUGUGUAGAUCCUUCAAAUCAUUUGACAGGCAGCUUCUAUCUUGAUUUUGGAAAUGACAAUAUUUUGGACUUUAACUCUCAGCUUUGCAAUGAAUCAGAUCCACAAUGCAGCCUGAGCCUUGCAGGUAAUCCCAUGCGCAACUAUGAAAAUGGGAAAUAUUGCCCAAAAUGUUUCAGAACAGGUUACGAUAACUGUGAUGAUGAUGGAGAAGUGUUUUGCGUGGGUGAUUUAGUGAACUGCACUGAAGUGAAAGGACAAAUAACCCAUAGAUUUUCUGAUAUUACAAUCCCUUUUGCUGGAAAAGGCUGUGUCAGUCGAUCGGUUUGCAACAUUGGAGGAAAGUCCAUCCAGCGCGGGAGUUACAAGUUGAAAUUUAACGAGGUCCAGUGUUCUGAAGCCAACGGGGCUUUUUCAACAUUGCGACGCCUGGCUUUCACUUUGGAAAAGAAGGACCUCGGACCACAGGCGUCCUUCUUCUUCCCAUGCAUUCUCGGGAUCUUUGCUGUUAAAAUUCUCUCCUAGUUAAGUCAAAGGUAAAUGGCAAAGGCCUCAAGAAGGAUUGGGUUGGAAUCAACUCCACCACCCCUUUAACACUGACGAUGUUGCCGAGUUUGAUACUGAAACAUCUGCAAGAAAAACACCAAGCUCGCAGAUCACCAAGGAGCCCACCACUAAAUUCACACUGCAAAACCUCUCUGUUGCCACUCUUAAUGUCCUUCUCAAAGUUGCCAUCUAUAUUUUUUUUCAAUGGGAGAAAUCAUGAACUGAAUGAGAAUUGUUAAUCGCAAUUAAUGUCAGUUUUCGUUCCCUUUACAUGGAAUUCAAAUGAAUGUUGUUUGUGUCCUGCCCCUGCAAUUUUUUGACUCUAUCUCCUGGCUGAGGAGGUCGAGAAUCCCACUCAAAGGCUAAAUUCAACUUCAGACCCCCCCCCCAAAUUUGCUUAACUCCAGUAUAUUUUCCUUGAAGAGUUUGGUGACAUUAAACCACAAUGUUGCUUGAAGCAGGAUGAACUUGGUGAAUGGAGCAACAACACCUAGGCUUUCACAAUAUCAUUUCAUAUUUCAAAGCAACUGACCCAUCCAAAAAUAAUUUACCUCAAAAUGCAGUGUUCUAACACCUGAAUUUCCAUCAAUCAAUUUAUAUAUAUCUACAAGUACAUAUAUAUUUUAUCAGGGUUUGGGUGAUAUAUUUAUAUAACAUGACACUUAAACGGUUGUUCUUAAAACUUGACAUUGAAAUGUUGCGAUCAUUGUUGACAUAGACCAAUAUCCUUUGAUCUGUAUGAGACCACUGUUUGCAGACAUUUCCUCUCUCUGGAAAGAAAGCUUCAGUUAAUGCUACAUUUUUCUACCUUUCCAGUUGAAUUGUCAUGAAAUUAAAAUAAAAGGAAUUGGAGAUUAACUCUCCAGUCUUACUGUU